AUGGCUGCCUUUGAAGACGUUGACUGUGAAAUAAUUGCUGGUAUCUGCGAUUUUAAGAUCAACACGCCGCGCUGGAGAAAUCAGUUGCUGGCAGAUGAAACUCCAACCGUCACCUCGACAACAAUUUACUGCGUAAAUAAUAUACCUGAGACGGAACAGAUACUGAUGAGUUACCACAUGGCUCACGGGUUCGGUAGCCCGUACACCCAGGUACAUGCUCGGGCUCUGCAACUUGCUCCUGGCUACUUCUUUGUUAUUUCGUCGUUUGCGGUAACUUAUUUGAAGGUACCGCAGCUAGGAGGUCUGGUGGUGUACUUGGGGAUGUGUAAGGCCCUUCUUGACCACACCCAAAUGCUCGUCUCUACCGUGGCCGUCAGCGUUUCGGAUUUGUUACCUGUCAAAUGGAGGAGUGGAAGUCGACUCCUCGCCUGGCAGUGUGUCUUGUGUGGCCUGGGGUUCCUCUUCAGUCUCCCCUUCGUUACUAAUGAAGGGAUCUUCCUCGUGAAAGCUGUGGAUGCUUACAUGCCAUGGUUGUGCGGGAUAGUGCUGGGGUCGAUGGAGGUGGCUGGCCUCGUCUACCUGUACGGAGUUGACAACAUUUGUCAUAAUUUCCAGCUGAUGGUCAGGAAAAAACUGGUGCUCUUUGCUUGCAUCUGGAAAUUCCUAUUAUUGCCAAGUUUUCUGGCAAUGGGCGUAUGGGCGUGUGUGCAAGGCGUUGAUGGCCCGGUGGUAUGGGAGAACCUGCAGUUGUCUCCAGACAGGGAAGACUUCUAUCGGCAAGUGGGUUUGGGUGUGGCACUCCUACCCCCAGCACUCGCCCUCCUCACCACACUGGUCCUACUCGUCCUUGCCAGGCAGUCACUCAAGAGGUUGUUGGUCCCACGGGAUAUGUGGGGCCCCGCCUUGGUGCAACACAGGGCCCUCUACACCCCAGGGAUCAUCAGGGCUAAGACGAGGGCCCCCUACCUUAUCAUCCAGGUGAGUGUAUUAACGUUAACUCAAUAUGAACCUAAGGAAAAACGGUCCAAGUCUGAGACAAAAUGA